CAAAAUGGCUUGCUUUAGAACAGGUGCACAGCUAUGCAGACAAUUUUUAUUCAGUGGACAAUCUUCGAUAAAGUUAUUUGCAGCUUCCUUAUCUCAUAGAUGGAUGUCGACAGGAAAAUAUGAAUAUAUCAUAGUAGAAAAGAAAGGAGAGAAGAACAAUGUUGGAUUUAUUCAACUUAAUCGACCAAAAGCACUCAAUGCACUUUGUGCAGGCCUCAUGUCUGAGCUUGAACAAGCUGUGAAGGGUUUUGAAGCUGAUAAUGAUGUUGGGGCUAUUGUCUUGACAGGCAGUGAACGAGCUUUUGCAGCUGGAGCUGAUAUCAAGGAAAUGCAGACAAAAGAGUUCUCAGAGGUUUGGAGAGGAAAUUUCUUGAGUGAAUGGGAUGCCCUGUCAAGAUGUUCGAAGCCAGUUAUUGCAGCUGUUAAUGGAUUUGCUUUAGGUGGUGGUUGUGAGGUAGCCAUGAUGUGUGAUAUCAUCUAUGCCGGUGACAAGGCACAAUUUGGACAACCAGAAAUCACACUGGGCACAAUACCAGGAGCUGGAGGGACCCAAAGAUUGUGUAAAGCUAUCGGGAAAUCCAAGGCCAUGGAGAUGGUGUUAACAGCCAAUAGAAUGUCGGCAGAAGAGGCUGAGAAAGCAGGACUGGUUAGUAAAGUUGUCCCUGCAGCAGAUCUGGUCAGUGAGGCCGUUAAAACAGCUGAGAAAAUCAGCAGUUUCUCUAAAAUAGCCUCAGGAAUGUGCAAGGAGGCAGUCAAUGCAGCAUAUGAAAUGUCUUUGAAAGAGGGACUUCAUUUUGAAAAGAGACUUUUCCAUGCUUCGUUUGCUUCAAAUGAUCGUAGGGAGGGCAUGACAGCAUUUUCAGAGAAAAGACCACCCAAAUUCACUGAUAGUUAAACAGAUUUUUAAAUACAGGAUGAAGAAUUUUUUUUAAAAACUUGAUGAGUGCCAAUUAUCUUAAUUAGAACAAGUCUGUACUGUGAAAAUGCGGGACAUAGUAUGUACAUAAGCAUUUUAUAAAAUCGAAUGAAGUCUAAAAAUGAAGUACGUGUACUGUACUACAAAUUGUGUCAUAUGAUAAAUUCUGAGUAUAUGUAUAGCCAGUGCAGGAAUUACAUGGGCUUUUUUAGGCUUACAAAGGCUUGACAUUGACUUCUGCAUCGCAUCAUACUGUUAGUUCUUAAGGAUAAUGUAGACUCAUAUACCUUUCAUAGUUCUUAGGAAUAAUGUAGACUCAUAUGCAUUUCAUGUCCAAAGCUAUAUGAUGUUUGGGUAUAAUUCAAAAUUCAUGUUUUUAUACAGAUUUAUUUUGAUUGUGAUUUGAUUGUGGUGCAAAAACAUUAAAUUGUAUAUAUGAA